CUAAAGUUCGUCAAUCGCUAUUUAUCUUGCGACGGAAGCAGGUUCCGUUGAUUCACCAAUUGUAGGUCGUUGAACACAACUGCCGUGCUCGCUAGUCAACUCGGACGACACACCAAAACCUCGGCCGAUCGUAUUCUGUCACGAUCCCGGUUGACUUUACUCCCUACCAUUCGUCAAUGUGAGAGACAACGCGGGGACGACUUAGCCUGACAGGUUACUCCUCGGGCUGACCACUCCUCCUGUAUGGGCCAGAUCUUCGGUGCAAGUGAUGCAGGGACUGAUAAGUACUGAAGUGUCCGUGUGCCUGAUAAGCACCGUGGUCCUUCGCAGAAAAACUCCGGCUUGAUCAGGAAGAUAAAAUAACUUCGCCAAAUUGCAAGGUAAUGACAGAUCAAAAGUCGGAACCUUGUGCAUCAGAUCUGUCCGUGAUAUCGAUCUCAACACGAUCUGUUUCAGGAAGUGUCGAGUCGGCAGAACAGGAUAAACCCCACGAAAACAUGUCGCCCACAAACAACAAGACUGUCAAAAUCGCGACGAUCCAGGCCGAGCCUGUCUGGAACAACCUCCAAGGUGGCGUGGACAAAGCCAUUAGCCUCAUCAGACAGGCUGGUGACGACGGAGCCAAUGUUCUCGGCUUUCCAGAAGUCUUCAUUCCUGGAUAUCCAUGGGCAAUCUGGUCACAGUCGGUCGGAGACUGCGCUGCUUUCAUGGACGAGUAUUUCAGGAACUCCCUUGUCAAAGAGUCACCUGAGAUGGAUCGCAUUCGGGCCGCUGUCCGUGAAGCCGGCAUAUUCACCGUUCUGGGCUACAGCGAGCGCUACAACGGCAGUAUCUACAUUGCACAAUCCUUCAUCGACCCAACCGGAACUAUCGUCCACCACCGCCGCAAGAUCAAGCCUACACACGUUGAGCGUGCAUACUUUGGUGACGGCCAGACCGAUAGCCUUACCACGACGACGGAGGGCCCCUUUGGCAAGAUUUCAGGUCUCAACUGCUGGGAGCAUGCGCAGCCUCUCCUUCGCUACUAUACCUACUGGCAGAACACUGACAUUCACGUCGCUAGCUGGCCUCUGUUCUGGGAUCCGCCCGACGACAAUUGGCCGUGGCAUAGUAGUCCCGAAGCGUCCAAUCGCUUCUCGCAGGUCAUGGCCAUGGAAGGCGCAUGCUUCGUGAUGACCGCUACCCAGAUCAUGACUGAAAAGAACGCGAAGAAGUGCCUUGUCGACAACUACCCGUACAUUCGCACACCUGGCGGUGGAUUCAGUAUGAUCUAUGGUCCUGACGGAAAGGAGCUUGUACAGCCACUAGAUGCUAGCAAAGAGGGGAUUUUGUAUGCCGAUGUUGACCUCCGUGCGAGGGGCGUCGCUAAACAUAUGCUGGACACCGUUGGACAUUACUCCCGACCUGAUCUACUCAGUCUCCAGGUUACAAAACACGGUGUGAAGUUUCCUGGAUCCCAAGUCCACUUUUUGGACUGAACUUACAGCCAAGGAUCGGGAAGACAGUACUAUUGCUUUAUGCCUCGGGGUGGGUAGGCUCAAGAAAAGAAAAACGUUACCAGUAGCGCGCAAGCACUCUCUCACUCCUGUCGAAGUGGUAUGAGGAUACUAGCACCGUUGCCUAGCGGAGGCAGAUCUUUGCCAUGCUCGUAGGCCUAAAGGAUAUGUGUUUCGACGAUGAUGUUCAAUUUCGUGGUUGCUGGUUCUGGGCGCCCAACUCUCUCCGGAGGCGCUUGCCCCAAUAAGGCAGUUGAUAGCCAGUUGAUAGUCUCAUGGAUCCUUCAUGCAG